UAUGGCGGACGAUCGUAUUAAUUGAGAGAAAGUUUCUUAACAAGUUUUUACUUUCUGGCGAUGAUCUGAGCCGUCUUAACCGCCUCAAGCGAUUCUUUAUAAAAAAUGCGGAAGGUUAUAUUUCGAUUUGUUUAAAGUUAAACGCGCGCAGGAUGUCUACUGUUGGUCGUAAACUGCAGAAGUUGCAGAAGAGCUUGAAAGUCAAGCGAGGUUCAUCGGGUGGCGGACCUUUGACACCUACUAGCCCCAGUCCAACAAUAGGUAGUGACAGCGUCUUCUGCGACCUGCCAUUGACGAGACGCGUGAGUACGGGUGCUAUGAGCCCUGCAAGAUCCAAGAGUGGUUCGUGGGGCAGUAUCUCUAGUGACACAAUGGAUGUACCGAUGGUCGACCAAGAGGAUAUCUUCUCCUUAACUCAUGAUGUCAGGAACUUCUCACUUUCACUUACUAAACUUCGAUCUGUCUUCGCAGAUGUCCCAGAAUAUGGCGAUGCCAUGCGAGUCAGCGCCCACAAUCAGCUCGGAGAGGUGGUCAGCACUCUGAAAACAAUCCUGCAGAAAUACCAGGCUUUACACUCGACUGAGAUGUACGCAGCUUCUGGAACACUUAUCUGUACUAUAAAAAGUUUUAAUUAUGAGGAUGAGGAUGCUGAUCCUAACAUCAUCUAUGAUGGCAUUGACCAGCUAGCUCUGGCCUUCAGUAGCAGUGUGUCCGAGUAUCUAAUGGGAGACGUGGAGUCAAAUUAUACGAACAGAACACGGUCUUUUGAGAGUUUAUCAUCCCUGCCAGUGAAUGGUAGUAUCCAGGAUUCGGAGAGUAAAGAUUCAGGGAGUUUCACUUCGGAAGAUGUUGACCAUACUCUGAUGAAAUUAGAAGAUGGUGUUGAAGUUGCCCUUGAUCGCGCCAAAGCCUGGUCCAAAUAUGUCAAGGAUAUCAUCACUUAUGUAGAGAAACGAGCAAUGUUAGAGGCUGAAUUUUCCAAAAGUCUGGCGAAGUUAGCCAACAACACAAAGUCUGGCCUGAUGGCUGAUAGUUUCCUUCCAUUCCAAUCUGUGUACUGCACUGCCAUGGGACAAGAUACUGACUACGCCAAUACGUCUAUUGCAACAUGUAACCUCAUCCAGACACAGAAGUUCAUUGAGCCCCUCAAUCACAGAAGAGCAGAGCAUGACAAGGCCAGGAAAUCCAUCAGAGAUGCGUGGAAUAAAGAAAACAGAAAAAUGCAUGAUGCUGUGAAUAAUCUCCGUAAAGCCAAACAACUGUAUGUGACCAGACAGCAGGAGUAUGAAAAUGCAAGAGACGCCGUCCUCAAGGUCGAGCAGGAAGGUCAAGGUCAGACUGGUGCCAAGCUGGAGAAGAAGAAGAAGCAAGAAGAGGACACCAUGCAUAGAGCUGCUGAAGCUGAGACAACUUAUAAAGCCUGCGUGGUUGAAGCCAAUAGUCGGCAGUCGGAACUAGAGAAAGUUAAGGGAUCGCUCCUGGCUCAGAUCAGAGAACUCAUUUACUUAUGUGAUGAGGCUAUGAAGACGGUGACAGUAGGCUACUUCCAGUUGCAACACACCGUAACCUCACCCAUACCUGUCCAGUUCCAAACGUUGGGCGAAAGUUGCCAAGUCUACGAGCCGGGCGCGCAAUUCGCUGAGUACGUGCGCCGCCAACAAUCAAGUGGCAUGCGGGAAAACGCGGAACCGUUCAUCUUCGAGCCUUAUUAUGCUGAGAAAGAUGAUGUGAGGAAGCCAUCCCACUCUUCUGAUUCACCUUCAGACUUGACUAACGAAUCUCCAAGACUUGGUAAAGACAAUGUUCGCCAGCCAAGCUAUGGUGCUGCAUGGCGCCAGCGACACCUGCCCAUCAUAUCAGGAAACAGUGACACGGAGAGUGCCAGCGGCGGUAGCUCGAAGUCUCGGGAAUCCUCACCAUCUGCUAGUCCUCACAAUCUCCUCCGCCAUAAGAUAGGAUUAGCUGUCGAUGAGUAUGGGGAGGAGCUAAGUUCAUCAACUCAUUCUGAUGCUUGUCAAGUAGAUGGUGGAGGUCCUUUCAAGAAUAUCCAACAAUCUCAUGCUGCUCAGACUCAUACAUUUCGUAAAUUACGAACACCGUCAAAAUGUCGAGAAUGCGACAGUUAUGUCUAUUUCAACGGGGCGGAGUGCAAUAAGUGUGGUAUGGCCAUCCAUAAGAAGUGCCUGGAAGUUUGUAGUAUGACUUGCGGUAAGAAGCCCCCACAACGUCGACUGACAACGUUCGGGAUAGACUUCAAGGAGCAGGUGGAGGAGAGGCACAUUGAUAUACCCCCCAUUCUAGUCAAGUGUGUCGCCGAGGUCGAGAAGAGGGGAAUUACUCAGAAGGGUUUGUACAGAGUGUCUGGUGUGAAAUCAAGAGUUGAGAAGUUGUGCCAAAGCUUCGAGAUCGAGGGAGACAAAGUGGAUUUAACGGAGCACCACCCAAAUGUGAUAGCUAACGUGCUGAAACUUUAUUUGAGGCAACUUCCAGAGCCCCUCCUGACUUUCCCUCUGUACUCGGAAUUCGUUAGGGCUGCAAGGGAAGACACUCCGCCAAAUCGAGAAGCUACAAUCAAUCGUCUUUCGUAUCUAGUCAAGUUAUUACCUCGACCAAAUUUCAAGAGUUUAGGCCUUCUUAUGCAUCAUCUGCACAAAGUGACCAAACUUGAGGACUUAAAUCAAAUGAAUGCCAGUAACCUGGGAAUAGUUUUUGGACCAACACUCCUCAGACCAAGAGAAGGUGGCGCCUCUUUGAACUCGCUGAUGGAUACUCCUCACCAGACCAGAGCUGUAGAACUGAUGGUCCUUUAUGCAGAGAAAAUCUUUGGUUCUGCCACUGACUUCCAAAAGAAAGAGUCUGAGAAUCUAGUCACACCUGAGGCUCCUCGAUCUCGGGUGUUGAGUGUUGGUGCUGAAGGUCACGAGCGACAGAGAAAUACUUCUACCUCGCGAGAUCAGCCUUCGAAUGUCCUGACUAUGGAUGAACAAACUCACCAGAAUACCCAUGGCGAAUUGAGUGUAGGUCUACCAGGAAGUACUCAGUCACAAAAAUCGAAAGAUUCAGUUGGUGUCACUCUGCAUGGUAGCGCCACCUUUGUUGACGAGGAUGACCUAGAUGUAGUUGAUAACCUCCUCCCCGACUGGUCACCCGCUCAGCACAACUCCCUUGCCAAGACUAUCUCCCUUCCUGUUUCCGGAGCCGAUGUUUCGUCCAUAAAGGACACAGAACUCUCUUUGGAAGGUGAUGUCCCAACCAGGCGACUCUUAUCGAGUAAAUCGCUACCAUACAAGUCGCCAACACCACCUUACUCGACCCAUGAAGCCAAAUCCCCAGGUGCUAAUAUCAAACCAUCCCAUAGUCUGCGAACAUCGGCUUCCCAGUCACCAGCUAAGAUGCAUACGAGCCCAUCGAGUGCCAAACAGCCGGCUAGUGUCCCCCUUACGUCAUUGUCACCAAGUGGCUCUCAGACAUCUAGCCAAAUGAACACAUCUUCAUCAUCGCCACACCAUGAGCGAAGAACUGAUUUAGCUAGUUUUAAUCCAGGUGAUCCAAGGGAGCCAAAAUUUGUUUAGAUGUAUGGACAUUUUAUUUCAAAGUAUUUUUAUUGGAGGUCACCUUGAUCAGAUUUAGUUUUAUACAAAUAAUGUAGAGUUGUAAUGAUCAUUUGGAGGGAGUAAGUGAAGAGUUCUGGGGUGAACACAAUCAAACCACUCAUCAAAGUUUUUUGUUUUAUUUUGAAAAUGCAUUGAGAAGGUUACCAAAUGCAUUGGUGGAAUAAUCUUUAGUAGUUCAGAAGUUACAUGUACUGUUGUUAACGACUGUCGUAUAAAACCAAGUAUUAUGUGGACAGAAGUCAUGGCACCGCAAGUCACCCGCUCAGCAAGGGGACAGGUGCAUAAUGUGAUAUGUCAUCUGCAAUGAAAGAAUGAAAUUCAAUUGAUGGAUAGUUUUUGGAAUGCCGAAUUUGUAGGCAUUCUAACCUCUUAUCUUAGAAACAUUGAUUUGGCGCUUGUUUUUUUUUGCGAAACAACUCUUCAUGCAUUUGAUUUGCUCGACUAUUUACGUACUCUGCUGGAGAUGUAGUCUUUUGCAAUUGAUUGAGUAUGCCCACAUGUACAUCUUUUGAAGUAAAUAUUGUGCAACUUUUGAGUAUGGAGAGGUACAAGCAUUUCAAUUAAGUCAUGAGGUACAGUCUUCAGAAGGAGCCUAAAAUGCUAAUGGGAUUUUACAAUAUUAUUGUGUAAAUACUGUAUCUAGUAUGUUCUGAAAUAUAGGUCCAAAACGAUAGUCCAUAUCUGUAAUGGUUAUCUUGAUAUAUGUUUAUUUGAACACCUAUGAAGAAAUUAUACUUGUGGAUCUCUUGAAAUUUGGCCAAAUAAUCUCCAUUGUCGAGUAGUAACUACGUGACUAAAUGAAACAAACCCAAGAUAAUUUUUAAAUACAAAGUUUAUCAUUAUUUGAUUGAAAGCCUACUUGUUUUAUCUUCUUUCAGAUUACUUAACUCUCUUUCGUGGCAAUUUUAUCAUUGGCAAUAAUUUUUAAUGAAAUGACUGUAUUGUACUAGUGUAUAUAGCUCAAAUGAAUCUGUUAAUAAAAUAUUGAUGCAUAUUCAUAUA